GGUCUCUGGCGGCCGGGUGGCCGUCCCGGGGUGGGACGACGUCGCCCUGGACAAGAUGACAGAGGACGAGCUCAACCCCGGCGCGAAGACGGAGACGGAGCUCCGUCCGGUGUUCGAGGACGACGAUGGCCAUGGCGGGCCCAAAGCGCUCGGGCAGGUCAGGGUUGGCGACCGCCUGGUGGUGCGGCCAGGGGUCGGAUACCAUGCAAACGGCAAGGAGUACUACAGGAGUGGAGACGUGGGCGAGGUCACACAGGUCAUCCAGGGUACAGGUGGCGAGCAUAAGGCCAUGAUUCGCUGGCCGCGAACACAGCACCAGAGCGUCGCGGGCUUCUCCGUUCUGGGCAAGAGGUUCUUGCGUGUCAAAAGGGAGGGGAAGCAGGCCACCCUCCCGGAGAUGCUGGUGGGGUCGACCACGUCUGGCUACGUGUUCGCUCUGUCGCUCGAGAGCGGCGAAGAAAUCUGGGCAGUCCAGGCUUCUGACCAGAUCGCUGGGGUGAAGGGCUCUGUCUCUGGCAAGGACGGCAUAGUAGUGGCGGCUGCCAAGCGCUGCACCGACAGAUACUGCUACAAGUACCGCAAUCAAACCAAUCCGCUUGUCCCGGGAAAUCAAAUGAUCUGGGGCCUGCUUGCCGCAGAUGGAAGCGUGGCGUGGUCCUUCAAACCGCAGUCGCCGGUCUGGAACUUCGUGCCCCAGUACGGCAACGGCACGGUCAUGUUCAGCGACUUCGAGGGCACCGUCUACUGCCUGGACCUGCUGACGGGCGCCCUCCGGUGGCAGCGCGACGGGUCCAUGGGCACGUACACCCAGGCGCACGCGCUGUACUUCCCGGAGGGCGACCUCGUCUUCGCCAUGGGCGUGAGCGCGUACGACCACAAGCGCUGCAAUCCGUUCCCAGCGCCGGGUGUCCUGCCCGCCUGCAGCACUUGGCCCGGCUCUCCCGGGCG